CGGCACUUAAUAUAUUAUUCGACCUUAACGUUAUGAAAAAGGUUAACAACAAAAUGAAUGUAGGACGCCAUAAGCUCGAUGGGUGCAAGUUUCUGAGCUCUUUUUAUGGCAGCAACAUUUUUGGCAAGUUUUUUAACCGCAUUCAAAGUGCCAGCAAUUUACCCAAAAAAUGUCCCAUUCCAGGCAACGAACUCUUUGAGAUACGUAACUAUACAAUUUUAGAUACUGAAUAUCCCCCCGUGCUUCCCGCAUUGUCCCAUCAACUAUUACUUCAAAUUGAAACGGAUGAUAAAAUAAUUGCAGAUAUUGUUAUUGCGGGCGCAGUCACAUAUUGAAAAUUUCACUAAUACACAUUCAAUGUAACACAUAUUAUUGUACAACUUUAUUUAUCCCUAGCUUCACAAAAUGCAAUAUGUUAAAUGCUUUCGGUGAAAAUUCUGUCAUGUCUUUUGCAGCUCUGUAGCAAUCUCUUUGUAAACGAAAAUCGGUCUCAAAUUUGAAAUAAUAAAAUAUUUCGCAUCCAUUAAAAAAGAGUUCAAAGAAUAGAGACAUUUUUUCUGGCCAUUUAUGUAUAUAUAUAUAUUUUUCGAUGCUUUUGAUAAUCGCAUUAUUUUGAAGCAACAACAACAUUCGUAAAAUGUCUCAAAUGUAUUGUUUAGGUAUUUGUUUGUGGCUUU